CAACCUAAAAGAAUUAAUUUUGAAAAAUCAACAUUGAUAACUAAUAAUAACAUUGAAAAACCUCAAUUACUUUCUAAAAAAAGAAAGGUUAACUUAGAAAAAUACAAACACUAUGGUAAACUAAUUUGA